AUGGACGUUGAAUACAGAAAGCUAGCGGAUGCUAUCCGCAGCCAAGCCGAUGCUCAUCCCAAGCCACGCUUUUUAGUUGCCAUCGCAGGCAUCCCAGGAUCCGGCAAGACCACGACGGCUGAAGCUGUAGUACACAACCUCAACCAAUCUGCUGUCUCUCGUGCUGCACUUCUCUCCAUGGAUGGGUUCCAUUUUUCCCGCGCAGCUCUUGACGGGUUUCCUGACCCCACGAAUGCACACGCCCGUCGCGGUGCUCCGUGGACGUUCGACGUAAACCGUUUCGUGGCGUUUAUACACCGACUGCGCGAGUGGGCUGACAAGAUGCCGUUGGCAAUGCCAUAUUCCGAGACAUGGUCAUCUGCCGAGAUGAUACACGCGCCGUCAUUUGACCAUCAGUCAAAAGACCCCGUGGAGAAUGGACUCACGAUCACACCUGAUGCCUCCAUCAUUGUUAUUGAAGGCAACUAUCUGCUGCUCGAUGAUCCGGGGUGGCGAGAGCUUGCUGGAAUGGUUGACUACCGUGUUUAUGUUGACACCGACCCACUCGAAGCAAGGGACCGACUGGCUGUACGACACCUGCAGGCGGGUAUUGAGAAGAGUCUGGGGGAUGGAUACCGCCGAGUAGAUAGUAACGACUACCUGAACGCCAUCCACAUUCGUGAGAAACUGCUCAAGCCGAAUUUUGUUGUCAAAAGCAAAACAGUUGAAACCAUUUGA